UUUUCUAAUAAAAAAUCUUAAAGAAUUAAGCUAAAAGAUCAAAGUUUUUAUAAUUAUAAUACAUUUUAGAUAGAAAUCUUAAGCAAAAUACUAUUUGGUGAUUAUUGCUUUAAGUAAAUAUUAAAAAUUAUAAAACCAUUUCCAAUGAGUGAGUAAGAAGAGGAGAAAAAUACUUUAGAGGGAAGUUAAAAUAGUGUUAAAUAGUCAAAAACUCCUAUUAAAAUUAGUAAAAUGUAUUAAUCAAACCCUACGAACAAUCAGUAUGCUGAAAUAGAAAAAGUUGUUUUAGAUAGACUAAGAAAAACAUCAUCAACAUUUUCAUUUAGAGAUGAAGGUAUACCUGUGGUAGUCGAUGAUAAUUAAAUAGAUCAUAGCUUUGAAAAAAAUGAAAUUACUGUUACUCCUUGCAGAAGUCCACUUAAUUAGAGUGAUAAUAUGCAUUAUGAUGCCUCUGAUAUUUCAAUCCCAUAAGGAUAACAUAAUUUAUUUAAUUCAUUUAUAAAACGUAAUCUUGCUGCUAAUUUUGAUAAUAACUAUCAAUAAAACCCUUAAGAUGAAGACUAGCAAAAUAAUGUUUAAAAAACUCCUUAGUUAAUUGGAAAGUAGCCUUCUGAGGAAUAAUAAAAUACUUAUUAUAAUGAUAUUAACUUAUAAGGUAGUUUUCAUAAUUAGAAAUUAAAUAUUAAAUAAAGCGAUGAAUAAGUAAUUCUAAAAAAUAAUGCAAAAUUUAGUUUAAAUUAAGAAAAAUGCCAAGAAUAAACAAACAGCUCUAAAUUAACUUAAAAUAACAAGCAAAACACUUUUCAAAAUUAAAAUACUUAAAAUAUAUCAGAGAUUAAAUUGAAACAGUAAGAUGAAAUUUAAAUUUAAAACUUAAAAGUAAUUGCUGAAGGGGAGUAAGAGGAUGAUUAACUUUAAGAUUUAAAGAAUGAAGGUAAUAAUUUAAAAUUAUAAAGUAGACGAGAGUCUAAAGAAAAAAGCAAUUAGAAUUAUUAAAUUAAAAUAACAUAAAAUUAAGACUUUUCAGUCAAUGAAAGUAAUAAGGAUUAAGAUAAUAAUUAUUGGGAAUCCAGCUCAGCUAUAGAUGCAUUUAAUGUUUAACCAUCAUCUACUUCAUUUUAUUCUUAGAAAGAAAGGGAUGCAUUUAAAGCAGAGGAGUAAAAAGAAUUUAAAGAAAAUAAUUAGUCAAACUUAUUGUCAGUCAAUUAACCUCAUUAAAAAUUUAUAAAAAAUGAUGAUAAUAGUUUUUUAAAAUCUUUAGAUACAAAGGGAGCAUAAUAAAAUAACAGCUUACCUAACAAAAAUUAUAUAGCUAUACAAUAAAGUCAAGAUUUUUUUUUUUCUGAGCAAAAUACACCAAGAGAUUAAGGUGAUUAAUCGCCUUAACCACUUUAAAACUAGAAUUUUUAAAGGAAUGGAGAAUAUAGUAAUCUUUAUUAAGAAUUUUUGAAAAAAUAAUAGUAAUAAAUUUAAGAUUCACCUGUAAAAUAAGAAGAAGGAGUAGCUAAGUUUGGUGACUAUAGUUCAUUACGUGAAGAAGAAAGCAUGAUUGGUGAUCAUAGUAUUUAAAAUUAAAACAAUACUUUUAUCAGUAAUAAUAUGAGUACUAUUUUACAGCAACUAAAUAACCCUAGUCAUAAUGAUAGAGGUUAUAAUAGUUAAUAAAACUCAUGUAAUAACACGAAUCAAGCUAAAAGUUUUACUAAUAAUUAUAAUAAUUAGCAAAAUAUAAACUAAAAUACAAAGUAACCAAUAAGUGAAUUUAAUUAUGGCUCUUUCAGUAAUUAAAGCUAUAUUAAUAAUUAAAAUUCUCAAUUUAAAAAGUAAAAUACAGAUAAUUAAAAUCAUAAUCAUAAUAACUAUGUUGGAAGAUAUUUCCCAAGUGAAAUUAUAGGAAGUAGAGAAAUAGCUACUACAGAAUCUUAUCUUCCUACUCCAGAAUCAUCUAAUUUGACAAGCGCUUAAAAUAAAGAUUACAGUAAAUUUAACUUCAAGUAAGUAUAAAGUGAGAUGUGUAGCAACGCAAUGGAUUAAGCUUUUCUCGAUAACUCAGGAAACAAUCAUAAAAAAGGUAAUUCUGGAUCAAAUUAGCUAGGAAACUUUUCUUUAGGCGGUUUAGGAGGAGGGAUAGUUCAUAGCGAGUACUAAAAUAAUUCCAAAAUUUUCUAAUCUUAGCUAUAAAAUUAAAAAAAUUUAAAUGAUUUUUCAGGUAGUUAAAAUUAGCAUAGUAUUUUUGCAGAUUAAAAUCAUUAAAAUAUGAAUUUAGUUUAAUAAAUGUAUUAAAACUUUGCUACUAUGAACUAAGGAAGCUCAUAUUUCCCAGGAGUAAAUCUGCAACCAUCAGCUCAGUUGAUAAAUGAUCUAAAUAAUAGUAGGAUAUCAAAUUUCAGCUAAAAUUAUGCCGAGAAUUAUUCAUAAUUUCAUCCUUCCUUAUAGAAUAAUAUGGAAGUAAAUAAUGGAAAUGGGGAUUUUGUUCAUAACUAGCAGUAAAUUGAGUUUUUUAAUUAAUAGCAUUCUUUUGUUAUGAACAUAAUGAACUUCUAUGAAUUUCAUUUAAAUAAAAUGAAACAGAUAGCUUUAGAAAAGAAUUAAGAAAUCAUGGAAAAAGAUAGAAUAAUUUAAGAUAUGUAGGCUUUUAAAACCUAAGAUUAAAAUUACAAUUUGAUGCAGUAAAAUAUAAUAUAAGCUCAAGAAGAAAUAAGAGUGCUUAAACAGAAAGAGAAAAGACUAGAACUUCUUGUUGAUUAGACAAGAGAUGAUUACGAAUUUAAACUUUAAGAUUUAAGAGAAGAGAUAAUAUAAAUUACAAAAAUUAAAGAUCAGCAAGAGAUAAAGCUUAAAGAAGCACAGUAAAACCUUUUAUUAGAGCAUGAUAAAAACCUAUAAUUGUCAACAAAAGUUUAAGAGUCAGAAUAAAUGCAAGAAAAGUUAAAAAAAGAAAAGGAUUAUUUAUAAGAAGAAUUAAAUGAAACUAUUCAAGAUCUUAAGUUAGAAUUAAAGAAUAAAAAUAAAAAAAUACAAGACUAGUAAAACUAAAUUGAUUUACUUUUAAAUAGAGUAACAUAGCUGCAGAAUACUUAAAAAUAGGAGGAAUAGAUGAAUUACAAAAAGAAUUAAUCAUCUCAUAAAAAGGAGAGCCAACUAAAUAAAAGCUUUGAUGAUAUUUAUUACAAUCAAAUUAAAGAUAGUAUUCAAGAAGAAUCUUUUAAAUAUAACAAUUACAGUAACAAUAACUAAAAUAAAGAUAGGGGAUAGAAAUAGUAAUUUGUAGAUAACUUUAACUAUCUAGGAGAGAAAGGAAAAAAUGAUAGCCCUUCUAUGAAUUAUAUGUAUGAUCGAACAUAAAAAAUGUAAAUAUAAAAUACACCUCCUCAGAAUAAUAAAGGAAAAAAGCAAGAAUUUUCUUAUGGAAACGAUCACAUACACUCAAACAAUUCACCCUAUAAUAAUAAUAAUAAUAAUAAAUUUAACAACAACAAUAAUAAUAAUAAUAAUGAAUUUAGAAAUCAAUAUUAGGUAAACCACUAAAAGAAAUAGUCAGAUGAUAGAAAUUAAUAUGCAAAUCAAACCAUAACUAAUAAAAAUAACUAUUUCAAUGUUGAAAAUAAUCAAAACCCUCUAUAAAAGCAAAACCAUUUCAGAACACCUUCUUAAGGAGAAAGAGCAAAUUAUUUAAAUAGCAAUAGCAAUUCUCACUAUUAAAACAACAAUUAUUAUCAAGAAAUAUACAUGAAUUAUAAAAACGAAAAUACGAGUUAACCACCUAUGAACAAUUAUACUUAAAGCUUUGUUAGUAAUACAAGUAAUAUUAAUAGUAAUUUUAAUUAUAAUAAAGGUAAUUAUAAUAAUUCAAACUAAUCUAAUUUCGAGUAUAAUUAAGCAAGUAAUGAAAGGACUAAAUAAAAGAAUAACUUAUAUAAUGAAGAGAGCUUUUAUAACUAUGGGCAAAACAAAAAACCAACUUUAACAUUUCCAUCGAACUAGAACUAUGAAAAUAACUAAUAAUAAAUUAAAUAAAUAGAGUAAGCCUUGACCCAGUUAAACUAAGAAAAGCAACAACUCGAGACUUAAAUUUUAAAGCUGCCUAUUCAUCAAAAAAAUGCUUAAUAGAGGCUGUAAAAACAUACAUUAGAAAAGAAAUUAGAAACUAUUGAGAAAGAUAUUAGUGAUAACAGAAAAAGAAUAAAAUAGUUAUAAAACUGUUGA